AUGGCGAGCAAAAGAUUUGGGCGAAAUUUUCACAUAUUUCGAACUAAAUACAGCAGCUCCAGCUUACCAAAUCUGGAGGAUUUGAUAUUUUCUCAAAAAGCACUCAUCAACACUAUAGGAAAACUGAAGAAAAACAUACAUGAUAUGUCAACGUUAUCGGUGGAAUGGUCAAAAUCGGAGAGUAAUCAAGCCUUUUACGAUGUUUUUACUAACUGGGUAACUUUGGAUAAUGUGCUGUGUCUCUUUAUAAACGACUUACACAAUCAGUGCACCGAGGUUUGCUUGAAAUUUAAAAUGAUUAAAGAAAAACACAAAUUUAUCAAUUCAUUGAGAAAGAAAAAGGAGGCGAAAACAACAGAAGUUAGAAGACUACGGAAAAAGAAAAACACCUUGAAAUGGGUAAGACAGAGAGGAGACAACGACACGUUAGAAUUUGAACUGACAAAGGCACUAGCCGAUCUUGAUGAAGUAACAGCUACAUUGAGAACAGAAAUCAACAAUUUCGAGAUAACAAAGGCCAGGACAAUAAAGGAUGCUUUGACCACGUAUAGCCAAGGCUGGUUGAAAUUCUCUGCUGAUAGUCAGAAUAUAUUCACUGCACAGUAUCAGAUUGCGUCAGAGAUGUCAGGAAAACCGGAAAGACAGCAUUAUAAAUCGAUGGACGUCAAUAAACUUAUAGUAAAUAAUGCAUUACAAAAAAUGAAUUUGACAAUUCCAGAAUUAGAGUCUCCUGAUUCGCGACGGUCAACGAAAGCUAAAGGUCUGAAUAAAGGCAGGCUUUCUCUACUUAAUCGGCGAUCUACUAGAAGUCUGCCUAAUACAAAAGACAGUUCCCCAGACCUAGAAAGAAAGAAUGAAAGAGAGGCACUACCGGAUAAAGAUUUUUCAAAUAUCAACAUAAAACCAGAGAAGGAGCCUGAUCGGGUUGACGUGUAUGAGCCAGUAAAUAUAGGAUACACCACCACUGACCGUGAUGACAACGAUGAAGACCCUAUAUAUCAUAGUGUAGCUUGCAGGACAAACAUUUCGGUACCGAGUUUGGUUGAGGAUGAAAGUUCGGGAGGGAGUUUGGUUGAGGAUGACGAUGACGAUGACGAUGAUUAUAAUUAUGUUAUUCCAAAUAGCUACAAGGAUAAAGGAAUAGUAUCGGCCCAAAUCAGUCAAACAGACUCUGAAAUUGUCGAAGAAGAAAAAGAUAACGAAAUAUAUGCCGUGUACAUAGGCCUAUCCGGCAUGAAUUAUGGAGAAUGUUGUAAAGACGCGCAAGAAGACCAAGAUAAAGACAAACAUUGUCAUGUCUUGGACAAAUCAGAUUCAGUAGAACCGUCUGCAAAUUAUCCACAGUCUAUUGGCAACGACCCCGAGACAUCGAGAAGCAUUGAAACAACGUCAUCCAGACAAACCUAUAAAGCUAAUUCUCCCGAUACUGUUAUUAAAGAGGCAGCUUCAAACAUUGCUGCUAAUUCUUCUAAACAACCAGGUGAUGAAGCGCAGAACAAAGGUAAAAAACCUCCCAUAAAAGAGAAACCAAUUCGUUUGCGUGGAACCAGAAACGUCACAAGGGAAGUCAAAGAAACUAAGGAAUAAAAACUCGGGCUUUAUUUUCACUCACAUACCGUAAAACCUCGAAUUGAAGCCCUGGGCUGCUUUUUUUUUUUCUUGUGAACUUGGAAGGGCUUCUUUUCAAGAUGGGCUUCU